CUCUAAUCACCUUAAUAUUAUGCAAUCUCAACCCUUCGACUUUCCCACAUCAAGGGCCACUAUUAUAUUUCAACCAACCUACCAUACACAAACGACUAAUUCCAAAAUCUCCUUCUAUUUAAACCCCAUUUUCCUCCUCAACAAAUCCCUAUCCAACCCAAUAUUUCCUGUUGCAUUCUCAUCUCCUCUCCUUCAACUUCAACUUCAUUUGGUUGUUUUGCUAUCUGGGUAUCUCUUAAACAUGGCAACAGUCUCUCAGAAUGGCCACCAGAAUGGUUCUUUGGACAUUCUGUGCACCAUUCGUGACCCAUUGAGUUGGGGUGUGGCGGCUGAGUCAAUGAGUGGUAACCAUUUAGAUGAAGUGAAAAAAAUGGUGGCUGAGUAUAGGAAACCUUUGGUUAAGUUAGGUGGAGAGACCUUGACAGUUGCACAGGUGGCAGCUAUUGCCAGCGGCGGGGGCCGUGAUUCUUGUGUGAAGGUGGAGCUUGCAGAGUCUGCUAGAGCUGGUGUUAAAGCGAGCAGUGACUGGAUUAUGGAUAGUAUGAAUAAAGGAACUGAUAGCAAUGGAGUCACCACAGGAUUUGGUGCUACUUCUCAUAGAAGAACCAAAGAAGGUGGUGCUCUACAGAGGGAGCUCAUCAGAUUCUUGAAUGCUGGGAUUUUUGGCAAAGGAACAGAAUCAUGUCACACAUUAUCUCACUCUGCAACAAGAGCAGCUAUGCUAGUGAGAAUCAAUACUCUCCUCCAAGGCUACUCAGGCAUUAGAUUUGAAAUCUUGGAAGCUAUCACCAAGUUUCUCAACCACAAUAUUACUCCAUGCUUGCCACUCCGAGGCACAAUCACUGCUUCUGGUGAUUUAGUCCCAUUGUCCUACAUUGCCGGAUUACUCACCGGCCGGCCUAAUUCCAAGGCUGUUGGCCCCAACGGAGAAUCCAUAGAUGCCCAGCAAGCAUUUAGCGCUGCUGGUAUUGAUUCUGGCUUCUUUGAGUUGCAGCCAAAAGAAGGCCUUGCUUUGGUUAAUGGCACUGCAGUUGGUUCUGGCUUGGCUUCUAUGGUUCUUUUUGAGGCAAAUGUUCUUGCUGUUUUAUCAGAAGUUUUAUCAGCAAUUUUUGCAGAAGUUAUGAAUGGAAAACCUGAAUUUACUGAUCACUUGACUCAUAAAUUGAAGCACCAUCCCGGCCAAAUAGAGGCUGCAGCUAUAAUGGAACACAUAUUAGAUGGGAGUUCCUAUAUUAAAGCAGCUAAGAAGUUGCAUGAAAUGGAUCCUUUGCAGAAACCAAAGCCUGAUCGAUAUGCUUUGAGAACUUCACCACAAUGGUUAGGUCCACAGAUUGAAGUUAUCAGAUUCUCAACCAAAGCUAUUGAAAGAGAGAUUAAUUCAGUGAAUGAUAACCCUUUGAUUGAUGUUUCAAGGAACAAGGCCUUGCAUGGUGGAAAUUUCCAGGGCACCCCAAUUGGAGUCUCAAUGGAUAAUGCACGUUUGGCUAUUGCAUCAAUAGGGAAGCUCAUGUUUGCUCAGUUCAGUGAGCUUGUAAAUGAUUUCUACAACAAUGGGUUGCCAUCAAAUCUCACAGCUAGUAGGGAUCCAAGCUUGGAUUAUGGCUUCAAAGGUGCUGAAAUAGCCAUGGCUUCUUACUGUUCUGAGCUUCAAUAUCUUGCAAAUCCAGUCACUAGCCAUGUACAAAGUGCAGAGCAGCACAACCAAGAUGUGAACUCAUUGGGGCUAAUCUCUGCAAGAAAGACAGAAGAAGCUAUUGAUAUCUUGAAGCUCAUGUCUACAACUUUCUUAGUAGCACUUUGCCAAGCUAUUGACUUGAGGAAUUUAGAGGAGAAUUUGAAGCACACAGUGAAGAACACCGUAAGCCAAGUAGCCAAAAGGGUCUUAACUACAAAUGCUAAUGGAGAACUUCACCCAUCAAGGUUUUGCGAGAAGGACUUGCUCAAAGUUGUGGAUCACGAGCAAGUGUUUGCCUAUAUUGAUGAUCCCUGCAGUGCUACGUAUCCACUGAUGCAAAAACUAAGGCAAGUGCUUGUGGAUCAUGCCUUAGCAAACGGUGAGAAUGAGAAGAAUCCUAGUAGUUCAAUCUUCCAAAAGAUCGAAGCUUUCGAGGAAGAAUUGAAAGCCCUUUUGCCUAAAGAAGUUGAAAAUGCAAGAGAAGCAUAUGAAAGUGGGAAUCCAGCAAUUGCCAACAAGAUCAAGGAAUGUAGAUCUUACCCUUUGUACAAGUUUGUGAGGGAGGAGGUGGGCACUGGGUUGCUCACCGGCGAGAAACUCCGAUCACCCGGAGAGGAGUUUGAUAAGGUGUUCACUGCUAUGUGCCAAGGAAAGAUCAUUGAUCCAAUGUUGGAUUGUCUCAAGGAAUGGAAUGGUGCCCCUCUUCCAAUCUGUUAAGCUUUGUAACUUUUUAUUUUGAUUUGUUUUCUAACCCCUUGUAUACUUAUAGUUUCAUGGGCAAUUAUAGUAUCAUGUAAAAUUCUGCAAUACAUAUCUUUCAAUAUUCAAUAAUAAUCUUUUCAUCAA